UGAGCAACUGAAACUACAACUCCCAUAAUCCUUCACUCACACCUAAACAUGAUACUACAGCUGGAGCUGCAGAAGCGAUUCGCAUGAAAUGACACAAAAGAGGCGCAGAGAGGCCGGUUCGGUUCGGCGGAACACACUCAGGUAAAACCCUUGACAUGAGUGAACCCGACCGGAGCGACAGAUGAGCCUCACGUGCCUUGAGUUUAUCCAGCUAACGCGGGCCUGAAGGAGAGGAUGUGGCCUUUAGCUGUCAAGCUGUCAAGCUAAAGUAGUAGAAGCCCAUCAGCUGUUCGCCUUGCACUGAGAGAAAGUGAUGUAGCUGGAUCUGAAGACAGGAUGAAUCUGAAGAAGUCUCGGAGUGUCGGAGCUUCUUCCUCGCUCAAUGGACUCGGAACACAAGCAGACUGUUCUGCUGAAGUGCAGUCAGCAUCAGUGACAGCGUGUCCAGUGUUCAGCUGCUGAUGCAGUCAUCAUGUUGGCAGAUGCUGAGUCCAGACGGAAGAGGAAGACGGCGGAGAUCACGCAGGCCCUGAACACGACGCCCGUGGACGUGGCCACUCUGAGACGCAUGGCCAUCAGUGAAGGAGGUCUGCUGAGCGACGAGAUCCGCCGGCAGGUGUGGCCCAGACUGCUCAACGUGUCUGUAGAAAACAUACCUGAACAGCUGGAGCCGGUCGAUCGAGACAAUAACAAGGACUUCAGCCAAGUGCUUCUAGAUGUUCAGAGAUCCCUCAGACGCUUCCCUCCAGGGAUGCCAGACGAGCAGCGGGAAGGCCUUCAGGAAGAGCUGAUUGAUAUUAUUCUGCGGGUGCUGGUGAAAAACCCACAGCUGCACUAUUAUCAGGGUUACCAUGACAUCGUGGUGACCUUCCUGCUGGUGCUGGGGGAACGACUCGCCACUGCUCUGGUGGAGAAACUCUCCACUCACCACCUCAGAUAUUUAUAUUACAGGGACUUCAUGGACCCCACUAUGGACAACACCAAACACAUCCUGAACUACCUGAUGCCCAUAAUCGAGAGGGUCAACCCUGAAGUGUACGACUUCAUGCAGCAAGCCGAGGUCGGCACCAUUUUCGCUCUCAGCUGGCUCAUCACCUGGUUCGGACACGUGCUGUCAGAUUUCCGCCAUGUGGUUCGGUUGUACGACUUCUUCCUGGCCUGCCAUCCCCUCAUGCCCAUCUACUUUGCUGCUGUGAUCGUGUUGCAUCGAGAGGAGGAGGUGUUGGACUGUGAGUGUGACAUGGCCAUGAUGCACCAUCUCCUGUCCCGUAUCCCAGAGGACCUGCCGUACGAGACGCUGAUCAGCCGCGCAGGAGAUCUGUUCGUUCAGUUCCCUCCGUCUGAGCUGGCCAGAGAGCGCAGUCAGCUGACGGCCGUCUCCACCUUCAAAGACUUUGAGUUGGCGUCGACACAGCAGCGUCCGGACACAGUGCUCCGACAGAGACGGAAAGAGCAGCAGCAGCAGCAGCAGCGCACACUGGAGGCCCAGCGAGGACGCGUAGCAGUCGUCCGGCCCACGGCGCGGCGCUUCAUGCGGCUGGCGGUCAUGGGAUUGACUGUAGCGUUGGGGGCUGCCGCUUUAGCCGUGGUAAACUCUGCCCUGGAAUGGGCUCCUAAACUAGACUUGCUCUUCCCGUGAAGGAGCCAAUCAACAGCACAGAACCACAGCGUCUUGUUUUCAGGACUGAAUAUUGGUUACUUUGCCUUUUUUAUUUUUUUUUUUUAAGUAUUUAUACUGGCUAGACUAAUACAUAAUACACGUGUUCAUAGUUAUUGUAAUUAAACAAGCGUUUUACCAUUGAAUGAGGUGCUGAGUCUGAAAUAUUCAGUAAAGCAGAGCUACCACUUCCUCCAGCAGACGAGGAAAAUGUUUCCUGGAUCUACUGAGGACAUGAAUUGGAUCUACAGUGGAGGUAUGUAUACUCCACGUCUCGUACAUGAAACACAAUCUGAGCAAAUUUUUGUGUCAGUGAAUUUCACUCUGCAGUGAAUGGGUGCCGUCAGAAUGAGAGUCCAAACAGCUGAUAAAAACAUCACAAUAAUCCACAAGUAAUCCACUCCAGUCCAUCAGUUAACGUCUUCUGAAGUGAAAAAGGUGCAUGUUUGAAAUAAAGAGAUUUUUAACUUCAAAAUACAUGUCCUCUAUCCGUAAUAUUGCUCUCUCCAGUGUAAAGGUCGUCUCGUCUGAAUCAGGAGCAUAAUUUAAAAGCUCUAAACAAGUAUGUCGGUGGAUUUUGAUGUGGGAGGGCAACAGGAGAUGGACAUUUUCACUGGAGGAAGCGUCUCUAUAGACUCAUUUUGGCCAGAAGCAACGGGUUAAAGUUAAAAAAUCGAGUGGAUUAUUGUGA